AUGGCUCAGCAAACCGUCAAGCCGCUCCGCCUCGAGGCCGAUCGAACCACCUUUAUGUCAAGGUUCAACUGGUGUGGCGACUUCACGGCCGGAAAACCAGUUGGUGAACGUGGGCCAGUGCACGGGAAGGGGGCGCCGGAAGGAGAGAGAGAAAGCCACCGGGAAAAGCAAGGGGGGAAAAGGUCGCAAGUGGAGGAAAGCCCUCCCGCCCUGGCUUGGAAGUGGGAAUUGAGCCCGGGAUACAGGGAUGGCACCAGACUUGGCGUUGGCACAGGAUCAGCCUGGGAGGGUACGCUACAGGAGAGUCCGCGACCACAGGGGAGCUGUCGUAGCCUGGACGUUUGGCUAACUGUCCACUCGUGUAUGUCCACUAGGAUGGGGAAGGGAAGCUCCGGCGGGGUCGGGUGGGUGGCAUCAGCGGGUGAUUUCCCGUUCAGAGCGGGGUGUCAGUGUAAGCGAAACAGCCCUAUGCCAGGUGCAGACCUGGCGUUGCCAACCCUAACCUCGGUAUUCGGGGCUGUGAAACAGACGAAACAAGCAGGGCCAUGCAAACUGUGCAACGGAACGGGAACGGUUUUCCAAGGCGAUUACUGA